CUGUUUUUCAGCCCAGGCCUGGUUUCCAGCAGGCCCCGAAGCUGCCGCGGUGGCGGCCCAGCCUUCGGCAAAGAUGCAAAAUACCCCUAACAAAUAGAUACCCUUUCUCAGCUUCAAUAAGUGGGCUGGGAGAUGUUUUUUGUACCUUGGGUUAAUUUUAUCCAAGAUAAAUAUGAUUGAAGUUGUCUUUCGGUACCAAAGUCUUGUCCUUGAGAUGUUUUCACUCGGUAUUGAGUUUAUUGGUGGUUCCCUGUGUUUAGUCCAGCAUCACCAGCUACUUAAUUACAAAAAAUUGUAUUUUUAACUGCAUGGCUGUACUAGCUGUAAAGCCAAGGAUUGCUUUGGAAACAUAUGACAUCAUCUCUGACUUGAAGAGCUAAGGAAGAGCAGUUUUGCUUUUGGUAGAGUGUGCCAGUUGAAAACAUGUUGGCCACCAAGCUGUCCCGCCCUCUCUUGAACUUCUCUGUGAAAGCGCUGAAUUUCAAGGACCCAGGGAAUGUCUUUAGGCCCAUGCAAAGAUUUUCCUUCCCUCUCUUGUCCCCAUGUGGCAGCCGCUCUUAUGCAAAUGAAGUCGAUCAGAUUGGCAGCAGAGCUGUGCUUAUAACAGGCUGUGACUCAGGAUUUGGAUUUGAGUUGGCCAAGCACCUGCAUGACAAAGGUUUCAUUAUUUAUGCUGGCUGCCUGCAAAAGGACAAGGGAGAGGGUGGCUCCAAGGAGCUGGAUGCCAUGAAGAGUGAUCGAAUGAGAACUGUCCAGCUCAACGUCUGUGACAGCAAAGAAAUGGACCGGGCAGUGGAGCAUGUGCAAAACAGCCUCGAGGACCCAGAGAAAGGUCUCUGGGGGCUGGUUAACAAUGCUGGGAUCUCCACAUUUGGGGAAGUUGAAUUCACCAGCAUGGACACCUACAUGGAGGUAGCUGAAGUGAACCUGUGGGGGACUGUGCGAACCACCAAGGCUUUCCUUCCGCUCAUCCGGAGGUCAAAGGGUCGCGUGGUGAACAUCAGUAGCAUGAUGGGGCGGAUGGGCAGCCCUGCCCGGUCACCCUACUGCAUCACCAAGUUUGGCGUGGAAGCCUUCUCCGACUGCCUGCGCUACGAGAUGCAGCCCCAGGGCGUCAUGGUCAGCAUCGUGGAGCCUGGCAACUUCAUCGCCGGCACCAACCUGUACAGCCCCGAGCGCAUCAAAGCCAUCGCCGACAAAAUGUGGGACGAGCUCCCGGAGAUCGUGCGCAAGGACUACGGCCGGAAGUACUUUGACGAGCAGGUCAGCAAGAUGGAGUCGUACUGCAACAGCGGCUCAAGGGACACCUCGCCGGUCAUCGAGAGCGUGGCGCACGCGCUCACCGCCACGGCCCCCUACACCCGCUACCACCCCAUGGAUUACUACUGGUGGCUGCGCAUGCAGAUCAUGACCCACAUGCCCGCUGCCAUCGCAGACCGGCUCUACGUCUACUGAGGCCUCACACACAUAAGCUGUCCAGGUGGGAAAUCUGUUUUAAAGAGAGCUUUGUACACACUUCCCAUUAGUCCUUUUUAAAUUUUUCUAACCUCAUUUCAGAGUACUGUAUUUUAGCUCUAAAGGGUUCAUUUAAAUGUCUGACAUAACCUGAAAGGCAGUAAUUUGCAAGGAAUGUUUCAUAGGCAGGAAUAUGUUAUGUUUGUGCAGGGACAAUGAUUUUUUUGCUAUUUAUUUCAUGUAACCCUUUCUUUUUUCACCUCAAAUAUGAAGCUAUAAUCAUUAUUUAAACUGCAAUUGCUCUGAAGCGUUUUCAGAAUAAUUUCUUCUGAUGGCCAAACACAAUCUUCACAAUUCCUGCCUAGGAUGCAGCCUUCACACCAUAAAACAGAAUCCCUCCAUGCUCUAAUAGCAAACCACUGCUUCCUCAUGACAAAGAAUGUCCAACUGACUUUUCCAGGCCUGGUCACAGUAGCCCAAGGCAGAGUAGAGACUUCUUUAAUUUAGGGAUCAGAACUCAAAAAAUGCUCAAGGUGCUGAAACUGAGCAACUGACCCCAUCCCUUUCUUUCUUAGAAUUAUACUGAUGAAACAUUAGAGAAAAGGAACCAGUCUGCUUUUCUCACAUGCUUUUUUGCAAAGGAGUUCAAUGACCCAGGGACUCAACUUUGCAGACUUUCCCCAUGGGAGUUUCUUAUUCAUAUGAGCAUUCCCAUGACUGUGAGCAGCUUUACGCACAGGACUGCAGGUGUCAGGAUUGGCCUGCAGUGACAUUUGCCUUCUCUUCACCAGUAUCUGAACAUGAGCUCCAGAGUUAGCUUGGAGAGGAGUUUCACUUGAACUCCUGUGGUUUGUGAGGAACACUGUGGAGCAGAUGGAGCAGAGAGGGUUAUAUAGUCACAUCAGUGAAUGCCCUUCUUGCCAGGGACCUCAGCUACAGCCAGGUAUUUGAACAGCACCUUGCACAGAAGGGCCUUAACCCUGACCAGGCCUCCAAUAAUGGCAGCACAGGUGAUGGUAACAAUAACUUCCAUUGAAGUAGUCACUGACCUGAAAUACAUGUACCAUGACAUAGAUCUAUCAGAACAUCCAUAACAAUAAAGUUAACUUUAGGAGCAGUCUCAUUUCCAUGAUGCUUGUUUACAUAUCUGAGAAACAUUUGUUUUGUACUUUAAGAAAAGAAAAGGAAAAAAAAAAAAAAAGAGCCUUUCAUGGGGAAUUCAGGAAGAGUAGAUUUUUUUAAGCUUGAAAGGCAAAAAUAAAAAAUAAUUAAUGACCAUUGUUAGUGAAGUUGAAAAGAUCUCAUGUGCUCUAGUAACAUACUGUGACAUGAUCAAAUUCCUUUGGCUUAAUAAAUGUAUACAUGAAUGGUAACAAAA